AUGGCGGAGACCAAGGAGGUGCUGCGCAUGUACCGGCGCAUCCUCAAGCUGGCGCAGCGCUACCCGAGCGUCAAGCGCGAGUCGAUCAUCCGCGACAUCAAGACGGAGUUCCACGCCAACAAGGACCUCACGGACGCGCAGAAGAUCCGCGAGGAGCUAGCGUCCGUGCGCGCGGGCAUCAAGGAGCUGUCCAUGUACGCCAGUCUGCAUCCGUCGCUGCCCAAUUGGAGCGUCGAGGUGGGGCGUGACGCCAUCCAGCCGCCGCCUCCGGUGCAUGGCGGAGUAAACGCAAAGGUCGUGGGUGAUGGCAAUAAGGAUAGUAGCAAUUAA